AUGCCCCUGGACGGACGCGUCGCGUUGACGCACCGGGUGUGCGCCGAACACGGCGCGAGGCGCGCGCUCUUCGUCGGUGACGGCGACGACGCCGCGUGGGCGCGCGACGCGCUCACCACCGGACUCGACCCGAACGCCAGGUUCGACGGCGACGGCGACGGCGACGGCGCCGUCCGCGUCCUCGCGAACGGCGACGCCACGCGCGGAAACCUCCUCGACGCGAUGCGAUGGCUCGCGGCGGGCGCGCGGAGCGGGGACUCGAUGCUCAUGCACGUCGCGUCGCGCGUCUCGCCGCCGCCCAUCGGGGGUAAAGACAUCCGCGCCACACUUCUCGACGCGUUGCCCCGAGGCGCGUGGGCGGUGUUGGUGCUCGACGUGGGGAACGAGUGGUGGGGUGCCGAGGGGUGCGCAGGGGUGCCCGGGGUGCCGUACGUCGCCGAGCUCGGGUUCGGCGACGACGCGAGGCGAUGCGUCUUGGCCGUCGAUCCGACGGAUGCGGUGGGCGGACACGAGGUGACGUCGGCGGCGGCGAGGCUCGCGGGGGGACUGCGAGCGUUCGGCGGGGACGACGGCGGGGUGGUGGGUCCCCCGAUGGAUGCGAUCGCGAGGGGGGGCGGAGGUGGGGGUGAGCGGCGCGGGAAGAGGGACGCUUCGAAGGACGGGGACCCGGCGUGUUGCGCGGUGAGCUAG